UUUGUCGUUGUUCGACAGCUGCAAACUGGAAAGUCCCUGACAGCCAGGGAGGUUUCAGACAGGAAAACCACAGCCAGGUUUGUCGUUGUAAAUGAGGGAGACUCUUAUUUUCUUCGCCUCUCUACCUCCGCGGACAUUAAAUUCUGCGAGGUUGUUUCAGUCGUGAUUUUUUUUAGGCUAACCGAUGCUUCCUUGCGAGUGCUAGCUCUUUGUGCAAGCUAGUUCUUUGUGUGGCUAGCUGCUAGCCGAGGGAUGUUUUGUUGUUGUUGAACUGAGCAGCCCUCCCGUCGUCUGGGAGAGGAGAUUCAUCAGCUGUGCAUGGAGAAACGCCUUCUCGACGUCUCCUCGUCUGCUGCUGACAUUUUAUGUGCGAGUGGCCCUUGAGAAUCCCGCUGUUCAACGUUUAGUGAAGCGACACCGAGAGAGGGGAGAGUUUGACCGACGAGGAAGGAGAUGGGAAACUGUCUGAAAUCUCCCACCUCGGAUGACAUUUCUUUGCUUCAUGAAUCACAGUCGGACCGGGCCAGCUACGGAGACGGUGCUGACCCCGACCUGGAGCCACCGCCCCCCUAUCAGGAGCAGAUCCACGUGCCUGUCUACCACCCAACACCGAGCCAAGCCCGACUGGCCACUCAGCUGACAGAGGAGGAGCAGGUUCGCAUCGCCCAGCGAAUCGGACUCAUCCAGCACCUCCCAAAGGGCGUAUACGACCCAGGGCGGGAUGGCUCUGAGAAGAAGAUCAGAGAGUGCGUCAUCUGUAUGAUGGACUUUGUGUAUGGAGACCCCAUCCGGUUCCUACCCUGCAUGCACAUCUACCACAUGGAUUGUAUAGACGACUGGCUAAUGAGAUCCUUCACCUGCCCCUCCUGCAUGGAGCCUGUGGACGCCGCGCUGCUUUCCUCCUAUGAGACCAACUGACACAUACACACAGACAUAUGCCCACGGACACCUGUGGACCAGACUGGACACAAACAUACAAUAUGCACACAAAUGGACAAACACACAACUCCCAUCUUGCUAACCUGUAUCCUGGAUUAGUAAGAUGCUGCUGUAAAACUGUGACAGUGUAAAAGAUUUAGGAUGAACUCUUUUUGUGUCUGUGUGUGUGUGAGCAUGCAUGUGUGUGUAUGUGUGUGCACACAAGUUCCCCAGUUGGCCUGCUGGACAGGAUUGGAGGAAUGAACAGAGCGUUGGCGUUAGGGACAAGCUGGAAGGAGCUGGAUCGAGCUGGAUCGAGAAGAGGAGUAAAAGGCGGGAGCUGGCGAUGGGAGAUGAGAGGAUGCCAGUGCAAAAGGAAGUCGAGGGGGAUGGGGAUGGAUGACGGUUAACUCUUAUGAUUAAGAAAUCUUUCCAAGAUCCGCUUUUAUACACACACACACACAGCUGUGCCCUGUCGCACCCUUCCUUUAUUUACUUAACUCCAUAAUUGAAAUGAACAGAAUACAGGAGGAAGGACAUCUGACCACCAACAUUAGGCUGCAGAUUGUGUUAAAGCCUGAUUACUAUAAUGUCGCACAGUAAGACAAGAGGAGAAACGCCCUUCAGAAGAUCUGCCAGAUGCUUUGAUGUGUGUCCACACUGAUGUCUGUUGCAGACUGCAGAGUCACAUCCGUGACAAAAACUGCUACAGAUGCAAAAAUGUGAUUUAAAGACUGCUAGAGCUGGACAUGAGACUUAAGACUAUGAACAUUAGAUGUAUUCUGCAGACACACCACAGGCCUCCACUGGUCCACGGCACCUGGGCCUGGAGUUGUCUCUGUAUAGAUCUUUUAUGAGAAAAAUGAGUUUGGUCGGUGAAUUGAUUGAUCGUCCCGUGGCUUUGUGAAAUCUGUUCUGUGUUUGUUAUGUCAGUCAGCAUAAGGGCUUCUGAUGAACCAGUGUUUACCAACAACACAGAUAUGGAAACAGGAAAUACAGUAUGUGCUUUAGUCAUUAAUGUGGUGUAUAGCUGGUAGACCGUUGCUGUCGAGCUAUCGACUACUCAUGACUUCCCCAGUCACAGUGAGAUCUCAGAUUAUUGGCCAAAGCACAAGCAGACCAGUCAACAAACCAGUGACACAAAUCAGAGAUAUUUGCACUUCUUAAUCAGACUUGUGACAAGAGUUGACCUUAUGCAUUCAGUAAUUAUGUUAUAGUGAAGUAUUUGUUUUACCUACUUUCUCAUUACCACUACAAUGAUUUGUAAUGAAAGCCACCAUCUCUGUGGACCGGGAGUGGAAAAAUAAUUUAUUACUGGUGACAUUAUCCAAACUACUGAAUGAUUUAAUUCCAAGUUUGGCACUUUUGGUUGUCUAAAUCAUGUAAUUCUAGGGACAAGUCAAGGACAGAAUUAGAAACUAGACAAGAUUGGGCUUAUUUAAAGUGUUUGCAUAUGUUAAAGGGGAACGCCACCUAAUUUAAGAAUUCCACUAUAUCAUUUCUACAGCCUGAGAAAGUUUAAUCAUUAUUUAUGAACAUAAGCUACUUUCUGUCAAACCUAGAAACACCUGAGACUUAAGUCUCAAACUUGUGAUGUCAUCAAGUAUAAGGUCUGGUCUGCUCCAAAGACAACUGACCGAUUCUAAGUCCCGCCCCCUUAACUGUUGCUCAGUUGGACAACAUUGCCAAAAAGAAACAUGGCGAUGCCAGUUUACCGGGAGCGGCUGCAUUUAGUAGAUAGUUUCUCGGAGUCAGGCAGUAUAGCUUCAAGAAGCCGACAGCAAGGACUAAAGUAUGAGAGGGAAGGUUAUAUUCACAAUGCUAACUUUUAUGAACAAGGUUAAACAACACAAAUUGAGGCUUCUAGUCAAUGAAAAAAGGGACAAGUAGAGACCAAGGAUGACGAGACGAUCAGCCAACACUGCUUCUGUACUGCUGGUAUGUGUCCCCUUUUUCCCCCACUAGGGAUCAGUAAAGUACUCUCUGUAUUUAUUACUGAAUACAGAGCACGGUACUGAAGUAGUAUUAUCCUCUCUUUACCAUAGAAAUAACCUCAGUUGCUUUGUGGGCAGAACGUUGCCUUACAGAGAAAAUAUAGAUUUCUGGGUACCAAUAACUCAUGUAAUCUAUAAAAUACGGUAGCUACCAAACUAUCGGUCCCUUUCCAAAUCUUUUUAACAUUGUCACAGACACAUGGAGGAAGCAAACCUGACAGACAUUAGUAACACCUCUUGAUUUAGCUUUACUUUAGCUAGCUAAUUAGCUAGCAUUUUGCUAAUAUUAGCUAAUUUAAGCUAUGACCUGGCUGACGUUGCUGAUUUGACAUUAGGCUAAUCCCCUCUUGAUGUAGCUUUACAUUAGCUGGCUAGUUAGCUAGCGUUUUGUUAACAUUAGCUAAUUUAAGCUGUGUCCUGGCUGAAGUUGCUGAUUUGACAUUAGGCUAACCCCUCUCAAUGUAGCUUUAACUGUUAUAUAAGAUAGCUAGUUAGUUAGCGUUUUGCUAACAUUAGCUAACUUAGGCUGUGACCUUGCUGAAGUUGUCCAUCUGACAUUAGGCUAUCACCUCUUGAUGUAGCUUUACAUUAGUUAGCUAGUUAGCUAGCGUUUUGCUAACAUAAGCUAACUUUGGAUGUGACCUGGCUGACAUUAUUGAUCUGACAAUAGGCUAACCCCCUCUUGAUGUAGCUUUACGUAAGCUAGCUAGUUAGUUUGCGUUUUGCUAACAUUAGCUAACUGGACCUUGCCGACGUUGCUGAUCUGAUAUUAGACUAAUCUCUCAAGACAGAUUCUGCAAUUUACACUGUAGAGGAAAGAGUAAAGGAAGGAUUUUUUUUUCUUUUUUUACCGAUGGAUUUCCAGAUUGAUAUUAGGCUAACUCCUCUUGGUGUAGCUAUCAUUAGCUACAUUAAGAUGUGACUAAUGUAAUGCAUCCAUAAAGAGUGUGACAGACUUUCAGCCAUAUCUUUUUGCCAUCUUCAGGAUGUGGGUUUCUUUUCAACAGACAAGCUUAACACACAGUAUAUCUAUUUUAACAGGUAAGGGGAAAGUUGACCGAGGUUCUGCCCUACAUUUUAAUACCUACAAACCAGUAGUGUUCUCAGUUCUGAAACAGAAAAUGUACCCAUACACUCAGACCACUCCCUUAGAUGUUUUUAGUGUAACAGCUUUAUCACUUCAUUGUCAUUUGAGCAGCUUCAGACUGUAUACUACACAACAUCACAAAUUUGAGUUAUAGUAUUCUAGUUUUUGGAUUUGGGAGAGUUGAUCAUGUUUACUAAUAUUUUGGACCAUCUUAGACCACAGGAAUAAUGUGUAUGAAUUUUGAAAAGAGGUGUCGUUCCCCUUUAAGCACCGCUUCAUUUAGCAUCCUGUCCUGUGGCAAACAUGUUCAUAAAACCAGACCUAAAGCAAACAUUCACGAUGGAAACGGUUAAUGCUGGCAGGUGCCGCCAUCAGUACACUGGUGAUGCAAAUUUCACUUACGAGUUGUGUGUCAGUGAAUAUGACUGAAGAGGCUUGUUUACCUGGUCAGAAUCAGCCGUUCUAAAUUGGUGACCAUGUGUUCUCAGUUUAGGAAGGUUAUAUUUCAGUCCACUAUUUUAUUAAUUUCCAUCACAUCAACUUUAGGCCUCAAUCUAAAUGUGCUCCUUGCCUAAAUGUCUACCGCCCAAGUCACACAGUUUACUAUUAAAGCACAAGGAAAUAAGUUGUUCAGUUAUACUUUCCUUCUCCCUGCUUACUUUGACACGCAGGUGAGUUGGUAAGACUUUGAAUUAUGCAGGAAGUGGUUAAUCAUUUGAGCUCCCCCUGCAUAGUGGGCGUGAUACAGAUCCAACACAGUUUGAAAACAUGCCUUUAGUGAUCUGUGUAUGUGUGUGCGUACCUGUGUGUGUGUUUGUAUUAGGCUUUAUGGCCCUUGUGUGUAUGUUUAAGUUUGGGAAGGGGGGAGUGGAGUUGGCACCUUAGUUUUUGCACAGUACUUUAAUCCACAUAACUCUUUUAUGUUGUCCUCCAUCAGUAAGGUGGAGCUUCAUGGCCUUAGGUUACACAUGAGGGAGGGUUGGUAUCAGCUGCUAAAAUGUGGAGCAGAGUCCAGUUAACUUCAAGAAACAAGAAGGGGGGUUUGAUACACAGGCUGAAAAUGUGGUGCAGCCGAGCUGUCAUUGUACAUGCCAUUUCGGGAAGAAUACAAAAGGUGUCAAGGAAACGGUCCAUCUACAUUGUCAGGAAAACAAAUAAACUGUCAGUGUAUGUUUGGGUUGGA